UAGUAGAAAGUACUAGAAUGUUCCCGAAUUGUGUAGAUUGACCUGCGACUAUUUAGAGCUCCUCAUUCUGACGUUGACCAGAUUUGGAUAGUUUCAUAUUUGUGUUUGUGUUGUUUAAACGUGUGGUAUUAGUCAUCAAGUUGUGUGUGAGCAAGGUGAAAAAUGGGUAAAGAUUACUACAAAACUUUGGGUAUAAGUCGGAAUGCUACGGAGGAUGAAAUAAAAAAAGCCUACAGAAAACUUGCUUUGAAGUACCAUCCUGAUAAAAACAAGACUAAGGAAGCUGAAGAAAAAUUCAAAGAAAUAGCCGAAGCAUAUGAAGUAUUGAGUGACAAAAAGAAGAAAGAUGUAUAUGAUCAGUAUGGAGAAGAAGGUUUGAAAGGUGGCAUUGGUGGUGGAGGAACUGGAGGUGGACAACAAUUCACAUACACUUUCCAUGGAGAUCCUAGAGCCACAUUUGCUCAAUUUUUCGGCACAGAUAACCCCUUUGAGACUUUCUUUUCAAUGGGUCUUGGUGGCCAUGGUGGAACUACAAUGUUUUAUGAUGAUAAUGAUAUGGAAGUGGACAAUGAUCCAUUUUCUUCACAUUUUGGAGUUAGGGGCAACAAUCCCUUUCGAUCCCAAAGCUUCACUGCUGGUUCACCAAAUAUAAAUAGAGCCAAACCUAAACAACAAGAUCCUCCUCUAGAACAUGAUUUAUAUGUGUCUUUGGAAGAUGUAGCUAAAGGUUGUACAAAGAAAAUGAAAAUCAGCCGCAAAGUUCUGAAUCCAGAUGGUAGGACCACAAAAAGAGAAGAAAAAGUACUGACUAUUAAUGUAAAACCUGGAUGGAAAGCAGGGACCAAAAUUACAUUUCAGAAAGAAGGUGAUCAAACUCCUAACAGUAUACCUGCAGAUAUAUCUUUCAUAAUUAGAGAUAAGCCUCAUCCAAUAUUUAAACGAGAAGGAAGCGACAUCAGAUACACAGCUAAAGUUACUCUGAAAGAGGCGUUGUGUGGUACCAAAAUAGAAGUUCCUAGUCUGUCUGGUGAAAAAAGAGUUCUUAGAAUCAAGGACAUUAUAAAGCCAAAUUUUGUCCAUAGAAUCCAGGGUCAAGGACUACCAUUACCAAAAGAUCCUUCAAAAAAAGGAGACUUAAUUGUAGCUUUUGAAAUUAAAUUCCCUGAAUACUUAUCAGAUAGUGUGAAAGCUACUCUUAAGGAAAUUUUACCUUGAAUUAAAAAAUAGGUUGAAGUUUUAGUAAAAAUCGAACUGCACUCUCAAUGUCCAAGAAUCUGAAUACUUGUAUGUGAAUUGUGAUGAGAAUGUAUGAAUGUUAAGUGAUGUUAUGUGCUGAAAGCUACAAGAAACUGGAUUAUGUACUGAGUACAGAUGAAUCGGCUAUGAUCCUCAUGUCGAGGAUUCUCAUUUUUGUAUAUAGUUAACACUGUAAAUAUUUUCUUGCUGUAUUUAUCGUAAUUUUUUUUUUUUUUUUAGUAGAAUAGAAGGUAUUUUGUAAAGCAAGCAUAGCAGUAUUUUUCUGCAUAUGUAAUGCAGUUAUAUUAUAAAUUUUUAUGUUAAUAUGUUCUAAUCUGUUGGAAGCAUUCUAAAUUCAUUAUUUUAUCGUGAUACUAUAUUGCAUUUUUGAAUUUAGUGGUAUUAAAUUAGAAGUUUAUUUUUCUGGAAAUAUUGGAAAUAUAAGUGUUAUUAUAGUUGUUUAACGCUGCAAAUAUAUGUUUGUAUAAUUAUGUUAUGUUUUCUUUGUGCUCAUGUUAAAAAAUGUAAUGUAGAUUUGAAAUUUAAUCGUGCAUUUUAAAAGAUAAAAAUUCCAUAACCAUUAAUGUGAAAUUUUUGUCAAGUUUAUUUAUUAGUUUUAUUUCCAUGGAUAUAUAUAUUUUUGUUCUGAGAUUUUAAUUUCAGUGUGUGUGGUGGGAAGGAAAUAGUUAAUUACUUUGUUUCUGAAGGUAAUUUGUAAAUUAUAGCUUCCAGCAGGUGAUUAAAAUACAUUUUUACAAUAUUUUUACUGUUGUAUUUUUUGGCUCAUGUUUGAAGAACUGCUUGGUGAUUUCCAUUAAAAAAAUUAAUGGAAUUGUCAAUUUUAAAAUUUGAUUACAGAUGACUUUCAGAAUAAAAUAAAUAAAAAUCAACGAAAUGUUGACUUUAUAAAAACUCUUAGGUAUUUUUAAUUUGAUAUUUAAUAAACAAUCGUAUUUUUUCAGAAA